GUGACAGCCACCGGAGCGCGCCGCCUGCGCGUCUGCCUCGCCGCCGGCCCGGCGGGCGCUGAGGGGGCCGGCGCAGAGGGUCAGGAGUCUCUACGGGGAGGCGGAGUGGGGCGGCAGCCACAUCUCGGCUCUCCUCUUCCCCAGUUUCCCCUCUGCCCGCACUACCGUCUCUCGGCGCGGUCCUCCUGCAGCCACCCGCCCCUUUGCCGCUGGCCGGGGGGCUGCGGCCGCCGCCGCUGCCAUGGGGCUGCCCACGCUGGAGUUCAGCGACUCCUACUUGGACAGCCCGGAUUUCAGGGAGCGCCUGAAGUGUCACGAGAUCGAGCUGGAGAGGACGAACAAGUUCAUCAAGGAGCUGAUUAAGGACGGCAGCCUCCUCAUCGGAGCCCUGCGGAAUUUAUCAAUGGCAGUGCAAAAAUUUUCACAGUCUUUACAAGAUUUCCAGUUUGAGUGUAUUGGAGAUGCUGAAACUGAUGAUGAAAUUAAUAUUGCCCAGUCACUGAAAGAGUUUGCUCGGCUCCUGAUUGCUGUUGAAGAGGAGAGGAGACGACUGAUCCAGAAUGCUAAUGAUGUGCUAAUAGCACCACUGGAGAAGUUUCGUAAAGAGCAAAUAGGAGCAGCAAAAGAUGGGAAGAAGAAGUUUGACAAGGAAAGUGAGAAAUAUUACUCCAUCCUUGAGAAGCACUUAAAUUUAUCAGCAAAGAAGAAAGAAUCUCAUUUGCAAGAUGCAGAUACACAGAUUGACAGAGAACAUCAAAACUUUUAUGAAGCAUCAUUAGAGUAUGUUUUUAAAAUUCAAGAAGUACAAGAGAAAAAGAAAUUCGAAUUUGUUGAACCUCUCUUGGCCUUUCUUCAAGGAUUAUUUACAUUUUACCAUGAAGGUUAUGAACUGGCUCAGGAAUUUGCACCAUACAAGCAGCAGCUGCAGUUCAAUUUGCAGAAUACCCGAAAUAACUUUGAAAGCACCAGGCAGGAAGUGGAGAGACUGAUGCAAAGAAUGAAAUCAGCCAACCAAGAUUACAGACCACCAAGUCAAUGGACAAUGGAAGGCUAUCUCUAUGUGCAGGAGAAACGACCUCUUGGAUUUACAUGGGUAAAACAUUACUGCACUUAUGAUAAAGGAACAAAAACAUUUACAAUGAGUAUAGCUGAAACAAAAUCUGGUGGAAAAGUGAAUGGCCUUGUCACAAGCUCACCAGAAAUAUUCAAGCUAAAAUCUUGCAUCAGGAGAAAGACGGACUCAAUUGACAAACGUUUCUGUUUUGAUAUUGAAGUAUUUGAGAGACCUGGAAUCAUCACACUCCAAGCUUUUUCAGAAUCGAACCGAAAACUUUGGCUCGAAGCUAUGGAUGGAAAGGAACCAAUCUACACACUGCCAGCCAUUAUUAGCAAGAAGGAAGAAAUGUUCUUAAAUGAAGCAGGUUUCAACUUUGUGAGGAAAUGUAUUCAUGCUGUGGAAACAAGAGGUAUUACAAUUCUGGGACUGUAUAGAAUAGGUGGUGUAAACUCCAAGGUGCAAAAGCUGAUGAAUACUGUAUUUUCCCCUAAAUCUCCUCCUGAUAUGGAUAUUGAUAUGGAACUUUGGGACAAUAAAACAAUAACAAGUGGAUUAAAAAACUACCUCAGGUGUCUUUCAGAACCACUGAUGACUUUCAAGCUGCACAAAGAUUUCAUUGUAGCUGUUAAGUCAGAUGAUCAGAACUACAGAGUUGAGGCAGUGCAUGCACUUGUACAUAAGUUACCAGAGAAGAACAGAGAGAUGCUGGACAUCCUUAUCAAGCACUUGGUCAAGGUAUCGUUACACAGUCAGCAAAAUCUAAUGACUGUAUCCAACCUUGGUGUUAUCUUUGGACCAACUCUGAUGAGAGCCCAAGAAGAAACCGUGGCUGCUAUGAUGAACAUUAAGUUUCAGAAUAUCGUCGUGGAAAUUCUGAUAGAACAUUAUGAAAAGAUAUUUCACACUGCACCAGACCCCAAUAUUCCUCUUCCCCAACCUCAGUCCCGGUCAGGUUCAAGAAGGACAAGAGCAAUCUGUCUCUCCACAGGUUCACGUAAACCCAAAGGAAGAUACACACCAUGUCUAGCAGAUCCUGACAGUGACUCCUACAGCAGCAGCCCAGACAGCACUCCUAUGGGCAGCAUUGAAUCUCUCUCCUCUCACUCCUCUGAGCAGAACAGCAGUACCAAAUGUGCACCCUCACAACCCAGGGAGAAAUCAGGAGGGAUUCCAUGGAUUGCCUCCGCCCCAUCUUCUAAUGGCCAGAAGAGUUUAGGCCUCUGGACUACAAGCCCAGAAUCCUCAUCGAAGGAGGAUGCAACCAAAACAGAUGUGGAGUCAGACUGCCAAAGUGUAGCUUCUGUCACUGGACCAGAGCACAACUUUCCACCAACAGACCUUACCAAAAAGAGUUCUUACAGUCUGUCUGGGUUGAAAAGGUCUUCUGCCUCUUCCCUCAGAUCAAUUCCAUCAGCUGAAGGUAACAAAAGCUGCAGUGGAUCUAUACAGAGCUUAUCUUCAACAGAUACCAAAGAGACAUCAAAGGCUCUACCAAACCCUGAUUUGCCUCCAAAAAUGUGCAGGAGAUUAAGAUUAGAUACUGCAUCAAGUAAUGGCUAUCAAAGACCAGGAUCUGUAGUGGCUGCAAGAGCCCAGUUGUUUGAAAGUGCUGGUUCACUUAAACAAGUUUCUUCAGGACGACAAGCAAAAGCCAUGUAUUCCUGUAAGGCUGAGCAUAGUCAUGAGCUGUCUUUCCCACAGGGGGCAAUAUUUUCCAAUGUGUAUCCAUCAGUGGAACCAGGCUGGCUAAAAGCAACUUACGAAGGCAAAACAGGACUUGUUCCUGAAAAUUACGUUGUCUUCCUCUAGUAAUCUUUAGUGGACAGCAAUAUCUUCAUGG